AUGGCCCCAAUAAGUUUCAAAGAUAAGGUCGUCAUCAUCACCGGUGCCGGUGGUGGUUUGGGUAAAUAUUACUCGCUCGAAUUUGCCAAAAGAGGAGCCAAGGUUGUUGUCAAUGACCUUGGUGGUGCCUUGGAUGGCCAAGGUGGUAACUCCAAGGCUGCAGAUGUCGUUGUUGACGAGAUCAAGAAGAAUGGAGGAACUGCUGUUGCUGACUACAACAACGUUCUCGACGGUGAUAAAAUUGUUGAGACCGCUGUAAAGAAUUUCGGUACAGUGCACAUUGUCAUCAACAAUGCAGGUAUCUUGAGAGACGCCUCCAUCAAGAAGAUGACCGAGAAGGAUUUCAAAUUGGUUCUUGAUGUCCACUUGAACGGUGCUUAUGCCGUGACAAAGGCUGCUUGGCCAUAUUUCCAAAAGCAAAACUAUGGUAGAGUUGUCAAUACUUCGUCGCCAGCUGGCCUCUAUGGUAACUUUGGCCAAACCAAUUACUCGGCUGCUAAAUCAGGUUUGAUUGGUUUUGCCGAGACUUUGGCCAAGGAGGGUGCCAAGUACAAUAUCUUGGCCAACACAAUUGCUCCUUUGGCCAGAUCAAGAAUGACCGAGGAGAUUUUGCCACCACCAAUUUUGGAAAAAUUGGGUCCUGAAAAGGUUGCUCCCUUGGUGUUGUACUUGUCCAGUGACCAAGACUCAUUAACUGGUUUCACAUUUGAAGUUGCUGCUGGAUUCUAUGCCCAAAUCAGAUGGGAAAGAUCUGGAGGUAUCAUUGUUAAGCCAGAUGAAACUUUUACUGCUGAAUUGGUCGCCAAGAGAUUUAACGAGGUGCUUGACUUUGAUGACUCCAAGAAGCCUGAAUUGUUGAAGAAUCAGCAUCCAAACAUGUUGAACGACUAUACCUCAUUGACCAAGGCUGCAAGAGAAUUGCCAUCAAAUGAUCUUAGUGGCGCACCACAAGUGUCAUUAAAGGGUAAGGUUGUUUUGAUCACUGGUGCCGGUGCUGGUUUGGGUAAAGAGUAUGCUAAAUGGUUUGCCAAGUACGGUGCCAAGGUUGUUGUUAACGAUUUCAAAGAUGCCUCCAAGACUGUUGAAGAAAUCAAAGCCGCUGGCGGUGAAGCAACUGUUGAUCACCACAAUGUCGCUACUGAGGCAGAUGCCAUUAUCGAGACUGCGCUCAAGGCUUAUGGAACCAUUGAUGUAUUGGUCAACAAUGCAGGUAUCUUGAGAGACAGGUCUUUUGCCAAGAUGUCCAAGGCUGAAUGGGACCAAGUCCAAGCUGUUCAUUUGUUGGGUACCUUUAACUUGUGUCGUUUGGCAUUCCCAAUUAUGAGCGAGAAGAAGUAUGGUAGAAUCGUUAACAUUACCUCCACUUCAGGUAUCUACGGUAACUUUGGCCAAGCCAAUUACUCCUCAGCCAAGGCAGCCAUUUUGGGAUUGUCAAAGACUUUGGCCAUUGAAGGUGCAAGAAACAAUGUCAAGGUUAACAUUGUUGCACCACACGCUGAGACCGCUAUGACCUUGACCAUCUUUAGAGAAGAGGACAAGAACUUGUACCACGCAGACCAAGUUGCCCCAUUGUUGGUGUUUUUGGGAUCAGAGAAUGUUCCAGUUACUGGUGAGACAUUUGAAGCUGGUGGUGGUUGGAUUGGUAACACUAGAUGGCAGAGAGCCAAGGGUGCUGUAUCCAAGGAUGCACACACUGAAGUUGAGUUUAUUGCCGACCACUUGGAUGAAAUUGUUGACUUUGACAAGGACACUGAGAAUCCAAAAUCUACUACUGAAUCGUCUAUGGCUAUCUUGUCUGCCGUUGGUGGCGACGAUGAUGACGAAGAUGAAGAAGAAGAGGAUGAAGGUGACGAAGAGGAAGAGGAGGAAGAAGAAGAGGAGGAAGACGAUCCAGUAUGGAAGUUUGACGAUAGAGACGUUAUCUUGUACAACAUUGCUCUUGGUGCUACCACGAAGCAAUUGAAGUAUGUUUAUGAAAAUGACUCUGACUUCCAAGUCAUUCCAACAUUUGGUCACUUGAUUACCUUCAACUCUGGUAAGUCACAAAACUCAUUUGCCAAGUACUUGCGUAACUUUAACCCAAUGUUUUUGUUGCACGGUGAACACUACAUAAAGGUGCACCAAUGGCCACCACCAACCGAGGGUGAACUCAAGACGUCAUUCCAACCAUUGCAAACUACCCAAAAGGGUACCAAUGUGGUGAUUGUUCACGGAUCUCAAUCUGUUGACAAUAAGACCGGACAACCAGUCUACUCUAAUGAAGCUACUUAUUUCAUCAGAAACUGUCAAGCCGACAACAAGACUUAUGGUGACAGAAGAGCAUUUGCUACAAACCCAUGGCCUGCACCAAAGAGAGAGCCAGAUUACCAAGUUGAUGUUCCUGUCUCUGAAGACUUGGCUGCCUUGUACAGAUUGUCAGGUGACAGAAACCCAUUGCACAUUGACCCCAACUUUGCCAAGGGUGCCAAAUUCCCCAAACCAAUUUUGCACGGUAUGUGUACCUACGGUUUGAGUGCCAAGGCUUUGAUUGACAAAUUCGGUAUGUUUGAUGAGAUCAAGGCUAGAUUCACUGGUGUUGUUUACCCAGGCGAAACAUUGAGAGUUUUGGCAUGGAAAGAAGGUGACAAUGUUAUUUUCCAAACCCAUGUUAUCGAAAGAGGCACGAUUGCUAUUAACAAUGCCGCAAUCAAGUUGAUUGGUGACAAACCAAACUUGUAA